CGUAAUGGAGAAUGAGUGAGAAUGUCAGCGGGCAAAGGGAGAUCACUCUAGCGAAAAAUAUAGAAGAAGCAGACGGCAUCGGCGGACAUGAGAGUAGAAGGGUGUUGUGUGUGCGCUAAGAGGGGAAGCGUAGAUGCCAACGCUUUAGAAGAAAUUCCUUGCCUAGUCAAGGUGGUGUUUUUUUGUUGUUUUUUUUUUUUUGUACGGGAAAAUUGUGUUGGAGUCCUUCUGAAGGCGGAUUAGAUCUAGACGAUUCCUCGAUCGCCUUCAGUGGUACACUCAGCGCUGUGUGGGCUGUGUACUGUUGGCUUCGUGUUGUCACCUGGGGGUACCGCUGCUGUGACUGUGUGAACCCCUCCCAGACACGGCCACUGUGUACGGCCAGGGAUGUCAUCUGUCGCUGAGCUACACGGAAUUUUCUAUCCGCUCGGGAAAGGAAAAUCCGCCUCUAGUAGAGUACCGGUGUGAUUUGUGUUACUCGUAUUCUGACUGUAGAUGCAAAGGGCGACCACCCUACGCACUGUAUGAAGACUUGUGUUUUCGGUUCGAUGACGAAACCGACAACCAGCCCGAUGAAAGUGGAGGGCGAGGAGGAGGAGGACGUGGAGGAAGAAGAAGAGGAGGAAGGCGGGGUCCAGCAGCGGGAGGCAGAGAUAGGAGGGGGGAGUGAGAUGUUUGAUGAUCGGUCUACAAACAGAGAUGAGCAAGUGGAGGGUUGGGCUCUACGGAGAUACACGUCAGCGGAUAAUCUGAACAGAGGUCAGAGAGGUCACAGAGAGAGGCCUUGGAGAGGAAGAGACAGUAGUACUGGGAGAUGGGGAAGAGAUGGCGGCUAUGAAGAAAGAGAUUACAACAGAAGGCCUAGAGGUGGCUAUGGUGGAGGAGAAAGAGGAAGAUUUGAAAACCAAGGGGAACGCAUAGGAAGGGGAGGAGGUUGGAGAGGAGGAAGAGGAGGCGUAAGAACAUUCCAGUUGAGACAUUUUUCGGAUGUAACAGACCCCGCUGAUGUCACUCUGAAGCUGAUCAGUAAGAUUUCCGAAUUUGAAGAUUUUAUAACAUCUGACAUCAUCUCCACAAAAGAGACUUUAGAAGUUCUCAGAAUACUUGGAACGGUUCUUGAUUGCGACAUGCAUAGGGAGAGCGUCCUAAAAAUCCUUAACGCCAUCUGCACAUCACGAUUCCUGGACACCCACUUGAUUAACAUGUUUCUGAAGCUAGAGGUCUCGCCUGCAGAUGGUUUGUUCAAAGUACAGCAGAACGUGGAGAUGACGUGCAAGCUGAUAUCACACAUCUGUAGCAGGUUACCUACCUAUGCCUCAAAAGGGUAUCUACUGCUCAUGUCCCUAACCUGUCAAACAGGCGUCAUGGCUGCAGUGAGGAAAAAUCAGGUCCUGGAGAAUGAGGUGAAAGAUCUGAUGUCUCGUUGUCAGAAAAUCAUGAAAAUGGCACAGGACCCAGUUGAAAAGAGACAAAGUAGUAGAAAGACGAUGGGCCCUAAUGAAGACGACGAAACUCCACCGGAGGACUUUACUGAACUGUCUAUUUUCCCAACAGGCCAGGACAUGGAAUGGAACGAGAAGCCAUUUCUAAGGGCUAACAAGACAGAAGGAGGGUACAAAGAUGUUAAUCACUACCUGGACGUUCAGUUUCGUCUCCUUCGUGAGGACUACAUACGACCCUUGCGUAAAGGCAUACGAGAGUACAAAAUAAUGAAGGAAAAAGGUGAAAAUCUCAAAAAGAAUCCAGAUCUCAGGUUGUACCACAAUAUCAAGGUUAUUGGUCUGGCAUGCAAGGAAAGUCUAGAACAUCGUAUUCAGUUCGACAACUCGCACCUAAAGAAUAUCCGAUGGGAGUCUUCCAAAAGGCUCUUGUAUGGAUCACUCGUCUGCUUGAGUAGUGAUGACUUCCAGAACACUUUCUUUGCAAUAGUGACCAGCAGGGACAUGAAGGACAUUAAACAGGGCAUCAUUCAGGUUCAAUUUAUGAACAGCAUUCGUGAGAUCCUCAACGCUUCGGGUGACACCUUCAUCAUGGCAGAAACUACAGCCUACUUCGAGGCAUACAGACACGUGCUGGAGGGUCUCCAGGAGAUGCAAACAUGCUUUCCUCUCUCUCGCUACAUCGUUGAGUGCAAAACUGACAUCAAGCCUCCCCAGUAUGCACGUGGCUACGGUACCACCUUGAAUAUCAGGUAUCUCCUGAAAGACGAAUGCCGACAGAAUACGCAGAUAUCAGUACUGCUCCCGACCCGUUGGCCACCCGUUGAAAACACACCUUUUAACCAGUCACAGUACGAUGCCGUGAAGACAGCUUUAACAAAGGAGAUCGCCAUCAUCCAAGGCCCUCCUGGAACAGGCAAGACGUAUGUCGGACUGAAAGUGGCCAAAGUACUUCUAGAUAACAGAGAGGUUUGGACAUCAAAUGCAAAGCCAAUGCUUGUAGUUUGCUACACUAACCAUGCCUUGGAUCAGUUUUUAGAAGGAAUACUGCAAUUCUGCCCAAACGGCAUUGUUCGAGUCGGAAGCCGCUGCAAAACUGAACAACUGGAGCGCUUCAACUUAAAGCAGAUUAGAGCACAGAUAAGGAAGGAGAAGAGAGUCAAACUGGACAUCAAACACAGCAUCAACGACUGUUUUAAGGGGCUGUGUAAUUUAAGAGAAAGAGUGGAGCGGGUGUCGGCAAGGUUGGAAGCCACAGCUAAGGGCAUUCUUGGAGAAAGUGCACUGCGGUCAGCAAUGCCCGACAAUCACUACUCGUCACUGGUCAGCAAUAUUCAAAGGAGGUUAUUAGGUGCACGACAGUCGGUGAUGAUAAACUGGCUAACACAAGGGAUGCUGGGGGAAUCUGACGAGACUAGCUACAAGGGCCUGGAGCAGGAAGUGACGCAACAGAUUCUAGAAGGCACAGAAAUGCAGCAUGAGCUCAGUAUCGAUGCCAGCCAAAUUCCUUUUCUUCAUCCGAAAAUGAGGGCCCAGAUGUACAGAUUUUGGGUGGACAAGGUACAGGACAGACUGAAUCAAACCCUGUCAGUUACAGUUAAUGUCCAGACGAAGCAGCAUGUGUUAGCAUGGCGCAGUAAAUGUACCCAGGAAAUAUUACCCGACAGUAUGUUGAAGCUAGUCAUCAACAGUAAUGUCUUCAGUGUAAUUGCUGAAACAUCUUCACAGUCACCCUGGUACCACAAAGACUACUGUGUGAAAACCUGGUUGGGACUGUCUCCAGAUACGAUGUCGCUACAGAACCUUCUGGACCAGUUGCUGGAGGAAGAUGAAGGCGAUGAAGCAGAGAAGAAGCUGAACGUCGAGGAAGAUGCGGAAUAUACGCAGAGAGAGCGACAACUAGAUGACGCUGACGACGAUGAGGACGAUGAUUUGUUUAACUUCGCAAGGCGUCACAAGUACAGUGUCAAGGAUGCCAUCUUCGACCUUGGCAUUGUCACGACGGUAGGAAAGGGCAGUGACAGAGACAUGGAUGGCUGGCAAACGCCAAAGGCUCACAGAAAACAACAGGAGAGAAGACUCCAGCAUCUUCUGAAGACAUCACAGGCCAUGUCUGAGAAAGAAGCAUCAGCCAUCACUGAUGUCUGGAGUCAUCGACUGCAGGUGAAAGACAGAGUGAGGCUGUACCUGUUCUGGUUAGACAGAUACCAAACCUCAUUAAAAGAUUCUAUAAAAACGGAGGCCGACCUUUACGAGACGGAGGCAGCACGCAUGCGCGAGCUGAAGUUCGCCGAAGAUCGCGACAUCAUGCGCAGUAAGGCUGUCAUCGGGAUGACAACCACGGGAGCUGCUCGCUACCGCUCGGUGCUGAAAGACAUCGGCUGCCCCAUCGUGCUGCUAGAGGAGGCUGCUGAGGUGCUGGAGGCGCACGUGGUGACGACACUGAGCGAGUCGUGUCAGCAUCUCAUCCUCAUCGGCGACCAUCAGCAGCUGCGGCCGUCGCCCACGGUGUACGAGCUGAGCAACUACAACCUGGACAUCUCGCUCUUUGAGCGCCUGAUCAAGAACCAGCUGCACCACACCACCCUGACCCUGCAGCACCGCAUGAAACCGCAAAUCGCCAACCUUGUACGUCACGUGUACCCGCACCUAAAGGACCACGUGACCACAGUGAACAGGAAGCGCAUUAAAGGGGUAAAGCAAGACGUGUUUCUCCUACACCACGAGUUUGGCGAGACGAGAACGAACGAGACGAGCAGCAAGUUGAAUGAUCACGAGGCUGACUUCUGUCUGUGUCUUUGCCGCUACCUGCUACAACAGGGCUACACAACAAGUCAGAUCACCAUCCUCACAGGCUACUCCGGCCAGGUCUUUGCCUUGAAAUCUCGAAUGAAAAAAGAGGCAGAAUUCUACAAAGGAGUGCGUGUGACAGCUGUCGACAACUACCAGGGAGAAGAGAACAACAUCAUCAUCCUCUCUCUUGUUCGAAGCAACGAAGAAGGCAACGUAGGAUUCCUAGGGACAGACAACCGCGUGUGUGUGGCGCUGUCCAGAGCCAGGGAUGGGUUAUACGCCAUUGGCAACUUCAGGAUACUGGCAGAAAAAAGUGAACUCUGGAAGAACAUUGCAAAGACCGCAAAAAGUAACCAACAACUUGGUGACUGUUUGGUACUUCGAUGCGAAAACCACCCGACGACUGAAACAAAAGUCUCUAAUAAAGAUGAUUUCCAAAAUGUUCCGGAGGGCGGAUGCCGCAAGCCGUGUAUUUUCCGACUGAUCUGCGGUCACGUGUGUGAGAGAAUGUGUCAUGGAUACGACAUGGACCAUAAGGAAUACCAGUGUACGAAAAGGUGUGGGCGCCCUGUGUGUACAGCAGGACACCUCUGCCUCAAGAAGUGCUACGAAGAGUGUGGAAAAUGUACCCAGCGGGUGGAGAAGGUGAUCCCCAUGUGUGGGCACAAGGCUAUGAUAGAAUGUCACAGAGACCCUCAUACAUGGAGCUGCACAAGUCCCUGUGAAGGAAAUCUUGAGAAGUGUGGCCACCAGUGCUCAGGGAAAUGUGGACAGUGUAGAGAGAACCGAAGUCAUGUUGGCCAGUGCACCAAAGAGGUGGAGCGUGUGUGGCCAUGCGGACAUCUGGUAAAAUCUCCUUGCCAUGCAUCACCUGCUACAUGGCCUUGCCCUCAGUCAUGUGGGGUCAUGCUGGACUGCGGUCACACGUGUAAGGGAACAUGUGGGGAGUGCAUGGCGGGACUCGUGCACAAAGCUUGCGGAGAAGUUUGCGGUAAGGUUUUGUCGGGAUGCAGUCACAAAUGUAGACUGCCUUGCGGAAGCAAAUGCCUGCCUUGCAAAGAGAAGCCUUGCCUGACAAGAUGCAAACACAGCAGGUGCCCUCUCACUUGCGGCGAACCGUGCAAACCAUGCGAAGAGCGAUGUCCCUGGAAAUGCGAGCACGUGACAUGCCAGUCCUUGUGUCACACGCCUUGUCAGCCUUGUGGCAAGAAGUGUCUCAAGAUCCUCAAAUGCGGUCAUCUGUGCUCCGGAUUUUGCGGGGAGAUAUGUCUUUGCUACACAUGCGAGAAGGAGAAGUUUGUUCCUCUGGUAAUCCAGGGACUACUUUUUAAAGAAGAAUGUGUGAAGGUUGAUGAUACCACGAUUUUGAUCAAACUGCCAGAAUGUAAACAUAUAUUCCGAUCAGAUGCUCUGGAUGUCUAUGUCAAGAGAAAGCGCUUCACGCCAGGUACGUUUCUCGCCUGUCCAGCUUGCACAAAACCUUUCAAGGACUGGGACUGCUGGAGGUACCACAGCAGACUCAGACGCCGCCGACAAGAAGAGGACAAAAAGAAGACCAUACUCAAAGACUCAACCUUAGUGUCUAAGGCGCGCCAGUACAAGAUCACUAAGUCCAUGGACAUGCUUGAUGGCAGUGUGUAUUACCCACGUAGCUUCUCUUCCAGCGCCUUCCGAAGAAUUCUGGAGACGGCAGACCUGGAUGUUAACAAAUGCUUUGCUUUGACCAAUCAGAUCAAGCUCGCCAGAAUGAUCGAGAUGGUUGACCGGCUAUUUCUUCAAUUACGAAAUACCCAGGUUUUAGAAAGGAAUAGUAUCAGUGAUCUCCAAGAUGAUGUCGAGUACUUAAAGGGACUUGUGCUGCCCCCAGUGGACAACAUGAGUGAGCAGCGUCUUCACGAGUUGACAUCAGAGACUCGGCGAUUGGUGUACACAGUGCUUCUUACCUGCCUUAAAGGAAUACCUUCCUAUCAUCUGUUUAAUUCUACAGACACAUUGUCCUCUCUUAAGCGGCAAGCCGAUCAGCUUUUGCAGACCCUGAAGAGCAAGAAGAAAGGGUUUAUUCCAAUGGCAGAAUGCGAACGCCUCAUUGAAGAAGGCAGAAAAACAAAUAGUACUUAUGAGCAUCAGACAGCAUGUGUCGACUUGUCCGUCCUUGGUGCAUCCCCUGAAGUGGACCUGUGCGACAUCGGGAAAGCGGAUCUGCAGUCAAUGACUUCACGUCUUCGCACCCUUCUACGGACGCAGAUGAAUAUUGACGAUUGAAGCAUCCCUCCAGUCCGUCGUGGCCCUGAUCAGACCUAAGAGAAACUAGCAUCCGUUACUGAUUUAGUUUCAGAAUUAAUCAAACAUUAAAAUAAAUCUUUAAAAGUGAGAGUAUGCAAUGUGCCUCAUUUGAUUACAAAGGAGACUAAUGCUACUGACUAUUAAAUUGUUUGCUCUGAAAGCACUAUUAUAGGGGCUAGGCCGCUAGGGGCUACAUAUGUGCUAUGUGAGUUUAAAGAUAAAACGUACAAAAGAAUUCGUGUGUUUUUACUACAUAACUUGAAACCUAAAACAGUUAUUGUGUGGUUGUUACAAGUGGAUUAUUGUAAAAUUACAUUUAUAGUGUUGGGUUUGGACCUUAGUGUGCGCUUUUUGUUAACAAGUCGGAUUUUCAUUUAAAAUGUUAGAAGAUUUGCAUGUUAUCAUUUGUUUACAUUUUAAAUUUUGUGAUACUUUUGUCCUCUUAAUAUUAAUUUAGAUAACUAUUUACUAAAGACCAUAUUUACCUAAUUAUGUUCCCGUAUAAUAUAAUAAACGAAAAUAUUGUUUAUGAUAUUUUGAAUGGCUUUCUACAUAAUCGCUUGAUAGGCAGUCAGUUUUAUUUCAGAUGACAUCGUAUAAUGUCACAUAUUCUAAAAUGUAUUUUUUUAAAAUAUUGAUGUAAGCAAAUAUCUUGGUCUUGGUUUUUUUCCAGUGUUUUUUCUUUUAUGUUACUUUAAUUUUAAUCAUUAGAUUUAUAAGUAUUUUAGAGACCGACAAUGAUACAUGCGACUAGUAGCUAUUAAUAUAAAACCGUCGCAAACGAACUUCCUUUUUAAACAUAACGGUUAAGGCUAAUGAUAUGCCAUAUAUAUCUAUCCUAGUAUGAGCAUUGUAUAUACAAGAAGUGGCAAUGAUCCCAACUGAUAAUCUCACACCUCGCCACUUCAUAGGUUUGCUAUGUUGUCAAUAUGUUAUAACAAAAAAGUUGUUUGCAGUAUUUAACAAUGAUUAUCUCUGAUUUUUUUUAAACAGAAAAUUUUGUUAUGCUGAAACCAGGUAAGAUAUUCGAGAUGACUAUUUAUGCCAUCCGUGAACAUUUCAGUAAUUUUAACUCCACGUUCUGCAGUUUUGUAUAAUCAGUUUGCUGUGCAAAAUAAAGCUUUCAAGAAAUCCCGCCCGAAACAAUGUUUAACUUUUAUCAUAGACACAGUUUUAACAGCAUCCGAGUUCACAUCCCAGCUCCCACCAGAGACCGCCAUCUCAACCGCUUAUUAAAUUUUGUGACAAUGUCACUCCACGGCUGUAUAUCUAUUAGUGGUCACUCGCACUUUAUGUUAUUUAAUCUGAACCCGGUGUUUCAGACACCCAGAGAGUUGUUAUACAGUAACAGAAAUUGAAAAUGAUAACUGUCAACAAAAAAGAGUGCAAAAGUCAACAUAACUGCCAGAUACCCCUAAAUGCUGUUCUAGCUCACACUAUAGUAACUUCCAAAUGUUAGCAGGACCUCUCAUUGCAGUCAAGCAUCCAAGCACAUUUACUCUGUAAGGGGAGUAAUAAUUAUGUGACUAGUUUUUAUUUGGGAAUUAUUUCCCUUGUACUACCAUCACGUCGCUUGUACGUUGUCAUGAUGCGAUUUGUUUACUUCAUAGAAUUAUCUCUCAAAAAAA